AUGAAAAAUUUAAAAGUCUUUAAAAGCAAAAAAAAAUCAUUUUUAAGUCGAUUUUUUUCAAAAAUUUUGAGUUAUAUUUUUUAUUUUAAAAAAAGUGAUAAAAAUAAAAACAACAUUAAUGGUGUUGAAAAUGAUAAUUCUUUUUAUGAAUAUAACAGAGGAAUUAUUAUGGCAUUGGUCUAUACAUUCAAAAAACCAAUAAUAGUGAUAUCAAUACUUUAUAUGAUUCACGCAUUAUAUUUAGUAUUCGUUGCUAUUUGUAUAGAAAAAUAUAUAGCAAUCAUAAAAGGACACCAUGUUUUUUCUCCAAUAUUCCAAUUAAAAUUUGCAAAACUAUUAUCAGCUUUUGCUCUUAUAAUAGUAUUAUCCUUUAAUUUAUUGUUGGAUUCGGUUGUUAGUUAUAUGGGUAGCAAAAUAAUAAUCGAUAUGGAGGUAACAGUUAUGCAUUUUUUGUAUAAAAUAAAUAUGGGAAUGUUUAAUCAUUGUAUAUUAAGCCCAUAUGCUGAUAAUAAUAAUAAUAAUAAUUUACUUGAACCGAUUAAUAAUAAUAGUGAAAAUAGUACUUGUGCAAAUAUAAAUUCACCUAUGCUCCUUGACAGAAAAAAUAUAGAUUCCAAUAAAAAUAAGACAUGUGAUACAUCCAAUAAUUGUGUUAUAAAAGUUGAAGAUGAACAUGAAAAUGGAGAAUAUAAAAAUAAAACAAAUCAAAGUAAUGCUAAUACCACUAGCAAUACAAAUAACCUUACCGAUUUUUCAAAAAGAAAAGGUUCAAAUAGUUCAUUAGGAGAAGAUAAUGAAAAUAGAAAUAAUGAUGGUGAUAUAAACAUAUAUAAUAUUAUGUUUAUCGAUACACCAUCUAUAAUAUAUUUUAUAUCUUCUUCAGUCAUGGCUAAUGGAAUGAUUAUUAAAUUGAUAAUAUCAUUUUGUAUGUUUUAUCAUAAAAUGGGAAAAAAAUCUAUUUUAGGUGGCAUACUUUUAAUAUUAUUAUUAUAUGGAAUUAUAUUUUUAUGCGAACUACUAUCAAGUAUCCUUAAAAAACCAUAUUUAAAAUAUCAAGACAAAAGAAUAGAUAACAUGAACCAUGUUUUAAAAGAAUAUAAAUUAAUGAAAAUGUUUAAUUGGGAAUCGAUAGCAUUUGAUUAUGUAAAUGAAUUUAGGAGAAAAGAAUUGAAAUAUUGUAAAUACAGAAUUUAUUUGAAUUCUCUAAGUAAUUAUGUUAACGCCAUUUCAGUCCAUUGUGUAGAAAUAGUUAUAUUUUUUGUUUAUAUUAGAAGCAAAAUAAAUAGUAAUGAUCAAAUUGAUGUUAAUUCGAUAAUUACACCACUUUUUGUAUAUAAAUCUUUAAUUAACGGAGUUAUAAGUUUUCCAACUAUAUUUAAUAAUAUAUUAGAAGGCCCUAUCAGUAAUGCACGUAUAAAUAGAUAUAUUAAUCAUUAUUUUCAUGACAGUAUAUCCAGUAAGUUUUUUUAUUCUAAAAUUAAAAAUAAAAUAAAAAAUAGCUACACUUCUAAUAAAAAAGACGAUAAUUAUAUGAACAUGCAAGGUAAAUCAGAGAUAUUUGUUCCUCCAAAAAAAAAUACAUAUUAUUCUAGUUUUUUAAGCAUGAUUUCAAAUGAAAAUUAUGGUUAUGAUGAUGAUGAUUAUGGUAGCAAUACCACGGAUGCUGGAUUGUCACAUUGUUUGAUUAAUUCUGAAAAAGGAUUACUAAAUAAUAAAAAUGGAAAUAAUAAAAUAACUCGAAAUACUGACGAAGACCAUAUUAAUAACAAAACAGUAGCAAUAGACAUUUUAAAUAAAGGAAACAAAAUGAACGAAAUAAAUGAACAUAUUAAAUCAAAAAAUAUCGCUGAUGAAAAAUAUGGAAUAGAUAAAAAAAUUAUUAUAAAAUUUGAAAACUGUAAUUAUAAGCCAAUAAAUUUUGAAAAAAAUAAUGAUCAAUUGAAAAACAUAAAAUUGAAAAAUAUAAAAUUGAAGAAUAUAAAUUUUACUUUAAAAAACAAUACUAUAGCAAUAAUAGUAGGUGACGUUGGAUCGGGUAAGUCAUUAUUUUUUAAUUCUAUUCUUGGGAAAUUUAAGUUAAUAAAUGGAAAUUAUUAUAUUAAAAAUUUUAUAUAUGAUAUGCCUGUUUUAUAUGCACCCCAAAUUAAUUGGCUAUCUGAUGGAACAAUCAGAUCAAUGGUAACAUUUGAAAGUAAAUUCGAUCCAUAUAUUUAUUAUUUAGCUAUUUCACAAAGUGAGCUAAUAAAUGAUAUAUAUUCUUUUAAAAAUUUGGAUAUGCGAUGUAUAAAUGAUGAACAUAGUUUAAGUAAAGGACAGAAGUCAAGAAUAUCUUUAGCAAGAUCUUUAUAUUAUCAUUAUAUAAAUAUGAAACAAUUAUGUGAUGAGUAUAUAGAAAUGAUAAAUGCCGAAGAAUGCGCAUUGAAUAGUACACCUGAAAAUAACUUGGGUUUAAGUAAAUUGGCAACAAAUUAUUAUGAUAAAAAUAUUUCUAAUAUGAAAUCAAUCAAAGUUUCAAAAUCCAUUAAAAAUUUCACAUUACAUAAUGAUAAUCAAUAUAAAAAUUCCACAGACCCUAAUAUAUAUAGUGAUGGGUCUGAACAAGUUAAAGGAAAUAAUCAAAGCGAUGAUAUAGAUACUAACAGUUUUACUGAUGAUGGUAAAUUUUCAUAUUCAGACUUACAAUAUAUGAUGAAUAACAACUAUUUAAAAGAUUGUUUAGAGAAAAACGAUAUGUCUUAUUUAUAUUUAUUAGAUGAUAUAUUUACUUCGAUAGAUCCAUUUAUUUCAAGAAAUAUAUUUUAUAAUUUAUUUUGUGAUAAAGAAACAUUGAAAAAUAUUAAAAACCAUUGUGGUAUUGUUAUAACAAUAAAUGAAAAUGCCCUUAACAGUUUUAUAAUGAAAGAUAUUAUAGAUAACCUUCAGUAUAAUGUGGAUGUAUAUAAAUUGGAAAAUGGUACAUUAGAUUUUCAAGGAAAUAUAAAUGAAUAUAUAAAUAAAAAAAAAAUUCAAAUAAAAACAUCGGAGAUGUUGGUUAGAAACGAAACAGAAAAUGACAAACGAGAAAAAAUGCUUUCAUUUUUCAAAAAAACAGGAAUAACAAUGAAUAAUUUUAAAAUGAAUGAUCAAUUAUUUUAUAUGUCUAUGUCAUUAGAAUUAUGCCACCAAGAUACUCCACAAACAGAGGUUGAAAUUAGAAAUAAUGAUAGUAUUGAACAUCCCUCUAAUGUUACAGUUCUUUACAAAAAAGAUAAUCCAUAUAUCGAUAAAAAUAAUAUAAUAUAUAAUAAAAUAAUUUUAUUGAAGGAAUUAAAACUUUUACAUCAUCUUAAAUCAGAAGAUACUAAUGAGGCAUGCUCUAUCAAUAAAAAAUUUACUAUCCUAAUGAAUAACCAUUUUAAUAAAAUUGUAACGGAAUCUAUUCCAAAGGAUCAAAUUCAUAAUAUUAGUCCAGAAGAAAUGAAAACAAUAAAGAAAGAUCGAAUUAGGGAAUAUAUUGGAAAUUUUAUUAUAGACACAAAAGGAAAUAAUGAAACAAAAUGUUUAAAAAAUAAAAAAACACAUAUAGAUGAAUUUGAAGAAAUGAAUAUAAUGCUAAAAAAAAAUUUAAAAGAACAUUAUACAUAUUAUAAUAAUUAUAUUAGAGAUAAUGCUAAUGAAUCUAAUACAGAUGUAGCUAGGAAAGGGAAUAUAAAAUUUGAAACAUUUAGAUGGUAUUUUAGAAAUAUUGGUAAUACAAUUAUAAUAAUUAUUAUUAUAUUUGUCAUAAUAUCUAUAUUUUUAGAUGAAGUAAAAAAUAUGUUAUUAUUUUUAGUUAGCGCAUUAUUAAAAACAAAAGAUAAAUCUUAUGACGAAGCAAUACAAAAAAAAUUAGUUUAUUUAAAAUAUUUUGUCUUGCUACCAUCAUUAUCUUUAGUAACUACUUUAAUAUCAUAUAUGAUAAUUGCACAUGGAAUAAUGAUAUCAGCAAAGAAAAUGCAUACAGAGAUUUUCAAAAAUAUGUUAUAUGCUCCUAUUCAUGCAUUUUAUAGUCAUAAUAUAGGGAAUAUAAUUAAUAGAUUUAUAAUAGAUAUUCAUACAUUAGAUAAUGGAAUAAUUAAACGAUGCUAUAAAUCAUUUUAUACAAUUUUCAAGUUUAUAUCAACCGUUAUUUUAUUAGUGUUUAUGUUUAAAAAUACAUAUAUUAUGUUACCAUUUAUUAUAUUAAUAGUUUAUUAUGGAAUUUUCAAAAAAUAUUCCGUAGCAUGUAAAGAAGCACAAAGAGGAUUCUUAUGUUCUCAUUCCCCAAUUUGCGCCAUAUUUAAUAAUACUAUACAUGGGAAGGAUAUUAUAAAUUUAUAUAAAAAAAAUGAUUCGGUUUUAAAGAGAUUUGAAAACAGUGUUUAUGCACUUAGAAAUUUUACUUUAUUUAAAUGGGGUAUAACCGUAUGGGCAUCUUUAUAUAUACAAUUAGUAGGUUUGUGUUUAACAUCAUUUUAUAUUUUAUACCCUCAUUUUUUUUCAUUUUUAAAAAAUACACAUGAAGGAGUUGAUAUUGAUGUAGAUAAUUAUAUAAGAUAUAGUGAAGUUAUUGGUUAUUGUAUAACAUUUUCUUGUAGUUUAGGAUAUACAAUAAAAUCAUUUUUAUAUGAUUAUACACAUGUCGAAAAAGAAAUGUGUAGUAUUCAGCGAUUAGAAGAAUUGUCAAAAAUAAAAGACAUGAAUGGUGAUACACGUCUUACUUCAGUUGAAAAUUAUGAGCAUGAUAAACAGGAUAUACCAAUAGCUCCAAGCCAAAUUUCAGAAUCAAAAUAUGGACUUGAAUUUAAAAAUAUUUAUGUUAGUUAUAAAAAAAAAAUAUAUAUAGAUAAAUUAAAAAAUACGUACUAUUAUGCAAAUGAAAAAUCCUGCUUAAGGAAUAUAAAUUUUUAUGCCUUAAAAAAUCAGAAUAUUGGAAUUAUUGGAAAAUCGGGAGCAGGAAAAAGUACAAUAAUUAUGACAAUAUUAGGAUUAAUAUCUACAACAAAAGGAGAAAUAAAAAUUGAAGGAAGAGAUAUAAGAAGUAUACCCUUAGAAGAAAGAAAAAAAAUAAUUGGUAUUUUACCUCAAUCAUCUUUUGUUUUUUCACAUUGGAAUAUAAGAACAUAUAUAGAUCCAUAUCAAACUUUUUCUGAUAAUGAAAUUAUUGAUGCAUUUAAAAUAAUUGGAAUAAAUCUUACAUGUGCAGAUUUAUAUAAAUAUAUAUCCAAAUCAAAAAAUAAAAAAAAUAAUGAAUAUGAUAGAUCUAGACAUACAGAAGUGCAAAAUAAUGAAAAUUAUAUAUUAAUGUCUGAUGAUUCAAUACGAUAUUUAUCUCUUGUACGAAUAUAUUUGAACAGAAAUAAUUAUAAAUUAUUAUUAAUUGAUGAAAUACCUGUUAUAAAUUUUAAUAAAAAUAAUGAGUUUAAUAAUUUUUUUACAAAAGAUCUAAAACCAUUUAGUUAUAUAAUUGAUAAUUAUUUUAAAAAUAUUACGACUUUAAUAAUUUCUCAUGAUACAAGAACUUUGUCAUCUUGUGAUUUUAUAUAUGUUGUUUCUAAAGGAGAAAUUGUAUAUAAGUGUAAUUACUCAGACAUAGAGACACAAACACAACUAGCUAAUAUUAUACAGGACCAAGCUAAUUGA